AUGACUCAGGAGACAAACCAGACCCCAGGGCCCAUGCUGUGUAGUACAGGAUGUGGGUUUUAUGGAAAUCCUAGGACAAAUGGGAUGUGUUCUGUUUGCUACAAAGAGCAUCUUCAGCGGCAGCAGAAUAGUGGUAGAAUCAGCCCAAUGGGAACAGCCAGUGGUUCAAACAGUCCUACCUCAGACUCUGCAUCUGUACAGAGAGCAGACACUAGCUUAAACAACUGUGAAGGUGCUGCUGGCAGCACAUCUGAAAAAUCAAGAAAUGUGCCUGUUGCUGCUUUGCCUGUAACGCAGCAAAUGACAGAAAUGAGCAUUUCAAGAGAGGAAAAAGUAACACCAAAAACAGAGACUGAGCCAGUUGUUACUCAACCAAGCCCAUCAGUUUCUCAGCCUAGCACUUCACAAAAUGAAGAGAGAGCUCCGGAACUGCCCAAACCAAAGAAGAACAGAUGUUUCAUGUGCAGAAAGAAGGUUGGCCUUACAGGAUUUGACUGCCGAUGUGGAAACUUAUUUUGUGGACUUCACCGUUAUUCUGACAAGCAUAACUGCCCGUAUGAUUACAAAGCAGAAGCUGCAGCAAAAAUCAGGAAAGAAUCCAGUUUUUAUAUAUCCUAG